AUGUCCGCAGGAGGUUCUCAGCAAGCUCCGCUAACUCUUCACGGUGUAGGAGAGGGCACUGGAGAGACCGGAUGGGUGGCUCACGACGAAGACGAACAGAAACGCACCAACGCACAUGACGCACAACCCCAGUCGUUUGCCCCCCGCGGGCCCUCGACUCUGCAAUCCAAGCUCAAGAAGAAGCUGCCUCGUCCUCUCCGCCUGAACCUCCCGCAGCACGGGACGGUGCACCGCCUGCAUAGCGCAUAUUCCCGCGUCGUCGAUUCGAGGCUCGGCACCGCCGACAAUGCUCGCUUCCUCGAGCACUUCCGUUACAUCAUCGUCGCCUCGCAGUUGCUGAGCGAGCACACCGGCCAGGGCACCUUCGCCUUCCCCUCCGCUCAGGGCGGCCCCCAGGCCGUCGAGUACAAGGGCGCCUCGGUGGGUGUGGUGGGCGCCUCAGCGACUGGCGCAGGAGCUUUCAUCAUGGUCCUGUUGAUACACUGGGCAACCAAGCGGAACGGAUUCAGCGUCGGACGGCUGUUCCUGGUUGUCGUGUCACUCGGCGUCGGCCUGACGGUUGCCUUCACACAUGUGAGGCGACAGUGGCUGCAGCAUUUGCGGCACCGUGUGGUCAACACGGCCUCGACCCUCAUCGCCAAUCUGCAGACGUUUGACACUGCCACGUCCUCGGCUCUCAUGCUCGUCCAAGAGGUCGAGCUGGUCUCUCGCGGCUAUCGACUGAGCAUGCCCAUGCCACCAAUUACCAGACUUGACGACAAAGGACAGGCCAGGCGCUGCGCGCGACUGCGGCGCAUACUACGAAGCGAAUUUGCAGCUACCAUCCCCGUGUUCAAGGAUGCUUGCGCGAAGCUGCGUGCACUUGUCGAGCCGGAUGACCUCGAGAGAUAUCUCGACGUCUACGACAUCACCACGCAGGACAUGGAGGAAGCUGUGUUAGGGUACACCGAGGGCGAAUUCGAUGACGGGGAGAGCCUCAAGGCAUUGCGCAUCCUCCAGUUCCGUCUCGCCACGCUCCGAAGGAUGUUUUUGAGUUCGCUGUUGGCUCUCGAAGCCGAUGGAGGAAGAGCCGACUUUGGCCGCUGGCGGCCUGCCGUCGAGGUCAUGGAAAACGUUAACGAGAUGGUCAUUAAGUGGUGCGAGAAGAUCAAUCGCAUCCUUAGCGAAGAAGAGCAAUUCUCUAUGCCGUCGCCCCAGCAAAAGGUCCCCGCCACGCCGGACAAGGAACGCCUCCGUUCGCAGGUACGCAAGCUCAGCGAGCUCUCGCAAGGCAUCCGUGGCCUGCAAGCCAAGAUGCAAGUUUUACGCGAAGAAUCGAACAAAAGUCUCGAAGAAUCCGUCGAAGUGACCGAGCUUGGCUCGAGCCUAAUGACGCAGUACGAUUCGCUCGGCACCGACCUGAAAAGUCUCGUUCAAGCAUGGGAAUCUGGAAAAGCAUCCCUUGCGCUCAACAUCGACCGACAUGAGCGGCGCGUCUCGCAAGCCUCGUCAAGCGGCGGCCUCCGCUCCCCCGUCCCAAGCCUGGGCGGUCUCACCGCCGUCGAGGAGAACGGCAGUCCCUCAGACGCCCUGCGCGCGCUCAACGGCGAUGGGUAUUCAUCAGGCGGUAGCGCGUCGGACGAGGAGGUGUUUGAAGCAAUUGCGCUGCCGCGCCAGCGGAACACGAUGACGCGCGAUGAACGGAUUGCUAAGAUGCACGAGGACCGCGCGAGGCAGCAGACGCUGCGGGAGUCGCGCGAGGCGACGUCAUCUAUGAUGAGAGAGCUGGAGUCGGUUAUGGCGCUCAGGCCGAGGGGGACAGGUCGCAGGCCGGUGACGUUUGCGGGGAGGCUGUCCUCAUUGUAG